AUGAGCUUUGUGGAAGUUCUUGGAAAGAAUUUUGAAGGAGAUAUUCAGUUUAGGGAGGUUGAUCUGGUUGAGUCUCUUCCGUUGCCAAGCUGCUGCUUGCCUAGGGUUAUCUCUACUGCGAGGCUACCAGGCCAUGUUGUGAAUCCUCUCAGUGAUCCCUGUGACAUCGUUUUUAAUGCUCCCGUAACUAGCUUGUGUAAACAUGAAAAGUCAAAUGAUUUUGAGUCCAUGGAAGAUAGAAAAGAAUGGAUUAUAUCUGGGAUUGGGGACUGCUUGUCUGAGGCGACUAUUAAGACAAACAAUCGUUCUGUUGUUGGUGGUACUUACAAUUCUGUCCAUGCUUUCGAGGUGUCUGAGCCAAACCCUAAGUGGGUUGACCUUUGUCCUGCAUCACCGAACUUCCAAGGUGGUGCUCAUGUUCUCCAUGAGGGUAACAUUCAUCCUGAUCUGCUUGUUCGAAGGUGGAAUCUUGCUGCCACCUCCCGCAUUUCUAUACGGGAAAAAUCUUUGGAGUUUUCCCGUCAUGAUUUUUCUAACGGAACUGUCACUGAGAUGGAGUCUUUCUCAGAUGAACAGACGAGAGAUUUGGUUGAUAAGGAGAAAUUGGUUGUUGAGUUAAAAGGAGUUAAUGCUCGACUGGAGGAAGAUCUUGGUUGGUUGCUGAAGGAAGGUGUUGUUAGGGUGGUGGAUAAGGUUAUUGAGCUUCCGGAAUUUCUCCAUGGGAGAAGGUGGAUAAAAAACAACUGCUGGUGUGAGGGUGAAUAUUCAAGUCGUGAAGGGAUUAGGAAGGAAAUUGUUGUUGGGACUUUCAACAUUGGAGCUGCCAGUUCUACCUCUAGCCACAGCAGGGGAGUCACGGAGGAUAUUGAUGCCUUAAUUUCUCGUGACUAUGAUACCUUGCUAAACUUGGGUGAGUUGGAUGUGGAGGGUUUAAGGAAGCUUUGUGUUUGUGAAGCUAGUGAUGAGUUGGGCUCCGGUGGUACAGCUAAAAUUGUUGGUUUGGAUGGUGAUGAAAGUAAGGGUAAGGGUGUUCUUGAUUUGAUUUUGUGGUUUCAUCUGUGCUUCCCCUUUCGUAUGUUUCUGUUCUUAACCUUUAAUGUUUAA